AUGCUGUCUAGAGCGAACAAGGCCUAUGCGGCCAACGCGCCUCCCCCGCCGAAGAACAACGACCUGGCCAAGCAGCUCUUCCCUUCGAGCAGCCCGAGUGCCCCCCAGAAUGGCAGUAUUAUGAAUCAAUUUAAGAGGGCAAGUCAGCCAGCCCCUGCUGCCGCUGUAUCGGCGAGGACCACAAACACCUCCGCGACGACGACGAACCAAACGAGGCCACCGCCAGGCCGCACGUCCAGCAUAACGCAUUUUGCGAGCAGCAACCGUUCUGCCUUGGACUCGAUUACCACACCCAACGGUCAAUCUUUCGCCUCCCUAUACUCUCGUUCCGACUCUUUUCGAGAUGAGCCAGACGCAGCUAUCAAGAAGGAGGCCCAGACAAAUUCCAAGCCCGCCGUUUACUUUGCCGAGGACGACUUCAGCGAUGACGACCUGCUCGAUCUGGACUUCGAAGCACCCUCGGCUCUCCCCCCUCUUCCAAAGCCUCUAGUCAAGGAGCAGAAAGCACCCGAGCCACCUGCUCCAGUGGUCAAGGCCGAAGUUCCCUCCACACAGCCUUUACCUUGGUCCUCAUCACCAGCCUCCCACUUCGCACACCCCAAGUUGUCUCGGGAAAACGUGAACCGAACAGCAUCUUUCCAGAAUUCCCUUAAGCGGGAGUCGCCGGACCAGAUGGAAGCUUUAUUAGCCCCGCAGCCGAAGAAACGGCGACUUCCAAAGAGCUGGAUAGCCGAAGAGGAGGAAGCCGCCAAGGAAGAGGAAGAUGAGCCAGAGGUUUCCAUGUGGGCGCCGGGCGGAGUCACGCCUGCUCCUAAGAAAAAGAAGGAGACAUGGAACAUGACCGCCAGUGCUGUCAAAGAGCAGAAGAAACAGCUUAAAAUCCAGUCCAAGAAGCCCGUAGAUGGCGAGUGGACCAUGGACGAAAUCCGGAGAGAGAUCAUGCAGAGCAACAUGCCUAAGCCCAAGGCAACAGCAAUUGCUUUGACCAAAGAACAGAAACAUGUCCAGAGUCUUGUCAUCAACAAGGGCCAAAGCGUCUUCUUCACAGGUCCUGCAGGAACCGGAAAGUCCGUUUUGAUGAGGUCCAUCAUCACAGAAUUGAAGAAGAAGUGGGCGAGAGAUCCCGAGAGGCUGGCCGUCACAGCAUCGACGGGUCUCGCAGCAUGUAACAUUGGAGGUCAGACAUUGCACAGCUUCUCUGGAAUCGGUCUCGGGAAGGAUGACGUCGCGACUCUGGUCAAAAAGAUUCGACGCAACCCGAAGGCCAAAAAUCGUUGGCUCAGGACAAAAGCACUCAUUAUCGACGAAGUCUCCAUGGUUGAUGGAGAGCUCUUUGAUAAAUUGUCCCAGAUCGGCAGGACAAUCAGAAACAACGGCAAACCCUGGGGAGGCAUCCAGCUCGUUGUGACAGGCGACUUCUUCCAACUUCCACCAGUUCCCGACGGAGACAAGUCAAGAGACGCCAAAUUUGCCUUCGAGGCGGCAACAUGGAACACAGCAAUUGACCACACCAUCGGGUUGACGCAAGUCUUUCGACAAAGAGAUCCCGUCUUCGCCAACAUGCUCAAUGAGAUGCGUCUGGGCAGAAUCAGCGAGGAAACGGUUCAAUCUUUCAGAAAGCUGACGAGACCGAUCGUUUCUGACGACGGACUGGAAGUGACCGAGCUGUUCCCUACAAGAUAUGAAGUGGAGAAUUCCAACCAAGCCAGACUGCGCAGCCUUCCCGGGAAAAGCAAGAGAUACGACGCGUCUGAUGCUGGAGAUCAAAACAUUCGUGACAAGCUCCUUCAGAAUAUGAUGGCGCCAAAGACUCUGGAGCUCAAGAUCGGCGCCCAAGUUAUGCUCAUCAAGAAUAUGGACGAAACACUUGUCAACGGCUCCCUCGGAAAAGUCAUUGCCUUCAUGACUGAAGGCAGUUUCGAAAAUUGGCACGGAGCGGACAUCGGAUCCGAUGGAGAGAUGGACCCGGACGAUAAAGCGAAGAAAAAGAUUAAAGCUUUUAGCAGGGAAGUCGAAGAAGCCACAGGCAGCUCAGGCGAAUUCCCCGUUGUUGAGUUUUCGGCAGUGGAUGGCAGCACUCGUACCAUUCUGUGCAUUCCCGAGGAUUGGAAGGUCGAGCUACCUGACGGGACGGUGCAAGCCAGCCGCAACCAACUCCCGUUGAUCCUUGCAUGGGCCCUUUCGAUUCACAAGGCUCAAGGACAGACUCUGGAGAGAGUGAAAGUCGAUCUCGGCAAGGUAUUCGAAAAGGGACAGGCCUACGUUGCACUCAGUCGAGCAACGUGUCAAGACGGCCUUCAAGUCUUACGCUUUCAGAAGGACAAGGUCAUGGCCCAUCCUCGGGUUAUACAAUUCUACAACAAGUUAUACAGUGCCGAGCAGGCUGUUUCCAAGAAACCGCCUAGUUUGGCCGAUUUCUUGCACAAAGAAGACGAAACAAAAGAGAAGAAGACUGCAGGACUCAAUUCCAGAUCCCAGUCAUUUGUUAAGAAGGGCGUGGAGGUGGUUGAGCUGGACGAUGAGGAGGAGGCAAUGGCAAGCUACGGCUACUGA